GAACUCGCCUGUCACUCCCCGCCUGACUUUGCUUCCAGGAGGCGAGGGACAAUGUCGAAGCCGGUUUCUGUGGCCUCGGCGCUUGAUUUAACGAAGCCUCCAGCCAUCGAGGGCUUUACUCCCGUGCCCAAGCCCAGCGAGGAAGGGUUUCGGGACAAGUUUAUCAGGAAGACGAAGGAGAAUCCAUUCGUGCCAAUCGGAAUGCUAGGUACAGCAGGUGCCCUUACCUAUGGUUUGAUCGCUUUUAAACAUGGCAAGACUCGGCAGUCUCAGCUGUUAAUGCGAGCGCGAAUCUUUGCCCAAGGUUUCACUGUUGCUGCUAUCCUGGUGGGUGUCGUAACUACUGCAAUGAAGCGCAAGGAAAAGUGAAUUUCUAACCUAUGAACAGAAUCAACUGACAAUGUUGGAAGCUUGUAUUCUUUGCAUUUAAAAUGUGUGAUUGUAACUUGCCAUAAAAAAAUUAAACUAUAUAGUGAUAAUUUUAAAUACAUUUCCAGUAGAAAAUGUUACUAUGAGCAUUGUUUUCUGCAUUAUCAUUUCAAAGUUCUAUGAUAAAAGAUGUUGUUUCUUUUUUUUUAAAAAAAGUGGCUCUCCAUAAAGCCAGGAUUAAAUCUUGUUUCACAUUUACCUCCCUGCCAGUCCCCCAUCUUAAUUGUACUCUUGCCCUACACAAUUUAGACUAUUCCUCAAGCAAUAAUCCUCCUGUUCUUCAUUGCUAAUCACCAUUUGCUGUUUGUUGCUCUGGAUUCCAGCAUCUAAAGUCUCUUGUGUCAGCAUUUGCUGUUUGAUGGGCCCCUUUUUCACCUUUUUCUCAGCAGGAAUGGAUAUCAUGCCUAUAUAUAUAUAUAUAUAUGCUGCCUUUUAAAAACCUGAAUAGUUCAACUUAUAAAUGCCAUACUAGGAAGUACAUAAUCAAACCAAUAGUGCUAGAUUAAAGCAUUUAAGAUUGUGCUCAGCCAGAAUACCACUAUCUUUUAAGAUAGCAUGGUGUAGCGGCUGCUACCGCGAUGUGAAAGCAAGACACUAGUCAGUGGGCUGCAGAACAAAAACUGAUUUAUUUUCCCGCCUUGCACGGACCUUUGAAGAGGAACGGUUCCCACCCACCGAAAACAGAAAUGACGUAUGCACUACGUCAUCAAACCUUUCCCGUGUGCGGGUUCUCCCCGUCACUCGGGGAAGAUGAAGGCCCAACGCCAUCUUGGGCCUCGCCGCUCCGACGACGCGUGACCCGACUACCAAGCUGGUUCGUUUGCUCGGACGGUGAGUCAGUACAAUGGUAAAUUUUAGCAAAUAAUGUUCACUUCCAUUUCCUGAAAUGGGCACUUUUCUGAAUUUGCCAUUAAUUUUAUUUUCAAUGUAAUACUUCUUUGUUUUAAAUUUACUGUCUUGCACACUUUGUCACAGUCAAGUGUAACUUUUGACAUAUGUAGUAGAGACUUUGAAGACUCCAAAGGAAUGAAAUUAGGGAGAACGUUAGUUUAAAUAUUUUCUUGUUCUCCAAAAUAAUGUUAUCUGAAUGUAACAUUAGGCAAUAGCUUUUCCUUUAGGAUUAAAUAAAGGGUAGACAAAGUAACUGUAAUUUGACUUUUAUAUGCCCUGCUCUUUGACUUGCUGCUGUUACUCAGACAAUCCAUUUAAAGUCUGUAGAUUAUUGCCUGUUUAUAAUUGGCCAUGAAAGAGAUGUAGUAAAAAGUACUCUUACAUGUUUAAGUUCACGUCUUAUAAAGGAAUAGUAAUUAUCAAGUUUCCUAAGUCACAUAGCAUUAAGUGGCAAUGAUCAUGGGUGUGAGAGGUGCUGUCAAAAUAGUUUUGGUGAGUUGCUGCAGUGGAUCUUGUAAAUGGUACAUACUGUACUGAAGCCAAGAUGCAACAGUAGUGAAGAUUCAGGGUGGUAGCUAGGGUGCCAAUUACAUCAACUUUGUCAUACAUAACAUUGAGCUGCUUGUAGGUUCUACAUGCAUCCAGUCAAGUGGAGAGCAUUUAGUUAUACAUCUAGUUGUUUACAAGGCUCAAGUUUCACAGUGCAGCAUGAAAAGCACCUCAUUUUUAAGAGGUACUACUUGCCCUUCUCAUCAACAGCUGCAACGAAUCACAGUGUAAACAUACCUUUUUGGAACAAAAAUGUGGUAGCAAAUAAUCCAUAUUAUCAGAAUAGGGGAAAAAAACAUACUUUUGGCACGCGAACUAGACUACGUAUUGAACUGUGACUGCUCAUUUACUGUAUAAUGGUGCAAUUUUGAUAUCACAACCAGAUCACUUGAACUACAAAAAUAAAUCUCUGCACACAUGCAUAAAACUGCUAAACUUGUUUGAAUGCAUUGAUAGAAUGUUUUCAAGUGGAACCUUCAAUAAUUCUUUGAGUAAGAACAUUUUAAUUUGGCAAUAUUCCAGAACCUUCUGAUUCUUUGGAUGUACCCGAAUGCACUUCGAUACCCCCACUAGUUACUAGAUGGUACAAGGUGAAGUUGCCUCCUGAUCCAAAGUGAAAUUUAGAUUUUCUUUUGGUUUUGUCAUCUUGAACACAGUUCAUGUGCUGAAAUGUCCUUAAAAUUCAAUGACUUAUUGUUGUGCUUCAUAAAUCUCAAAAAAGGUCAUGCUAAAAAGCAGUUGAUUAGUCAGUUUACUUCAAUUUAGAGUAAACUAGCUACUAUACCUGGUGUUGCUCAGGUUACUAGGCUGGCAGCCAUGAUGUUUGCAUUUAUUUCCAUGCAAUUGGGUUAGUGCAUUUAUUGUAAUUAAAAUACAAUCUAAAUAUGUAAUUAUUCUCUGAAUAACAAAUAGAAGUUAAAAUUAUGUAGUCUAACUAAAGUUAGCUACACAUGCACACAAAAAAUACAAAAAUUAUACUUAAUAUAGUUCUGUUUAAUUAGGUAUGUACCUGAGCAGAGUGUGUAAAGUUUUUGAUUUAUGUUUAAGUGCUUUGGAAUACACUAUAUUUCUUUCUUUUGAAACCAGUGUAAAAAUAUAGACUAUUUUUAUCUCCAGCUCUGGAGCAAACAAAAUAUAGCUGACCAUGGGAGAAUCAUUGAGUUUUGUGCCAACAACUGUUAGUGAGUGCCUUUGUGCCUUGUUAGUACUCAGCACAACUAAGUUGAACAGGGAACUGAAGUCACUUGAAUUGAAAAUGUAGAUUAGAUGGGACAAUUGGUAUUGGAGGAUGAAGACAUUUUCCCCAACAGCAUUACCAGUCAUUAUUGUAGCUUUAACUACAUGUGGUAGUAAUUUUUGAACUGAUAAUAUUGUGUAGUUACGUAGUAUUGAUGGAUCCAAAUUCCUAAGUAGUAUGAUUGGAGCUCCUUUUAAUUCAACAGGGAAAUGUACAGCCUCAAUGUUUGUCACACUGGCAAUAGAUUUACAUUGUACAAGUUGUCCAGGAAGCUUUGAAAGGAGGUCAUGGUCUGCACUGCAUCAAUUUUUGGUGUGAAACUUGCUCUUUCAUGAAACUAUUGGUAAUUCAAAUAGUGUUGAGUAACAUUUGGAAAAACAGCUUGCAUCAGAUUGUAAAGCUAUGCAACAAUUUGUCCCAGGUUUUUCAUUGAAAUCAUUCUUAUUGAGUCUUUGUGUUUAAUUAACCCAUUUAUUCAUUUAGGUAAAUUUGAAGCAAAUGGAUCAGCUGUCAAAUGUACUCAUUUAAUAUUUUCCCAAAUAUAUGAUGCUUUAAUAAAGACAUUCAAAUUCA